AUGCAAGAUCCUAUAAGUUUUUUUAUUCCUUGCACCAUUGGAGACAGCACUAUUCAGAGAGCCUUAUGUGACCUUGGAGCUAGCGUCAAUGUCAUGCCACUUUCUUUGAUGAGAAAGCUCCAAAUUGAAGAGGUAAAACCCGCUCGUAUUUCUCUUCAAGUUACUGACUGUUCAAUUAAGUUUCCUUUGGAAGUUGUUGAGAAUUUACUUGUGAAAGUAGGACCAUUUAUUUUUCUUGCUGAUUUUGUCAUACUGGAUAUGGAAGAGGACAAGAAUGCUUCCAUUAUUUUUGGGAGACCCUUUUUAGCUACAGGGAGAGCCCUUAUUGAUGUUCAAAAUGUUGAAUUGACUCUAAGGGUCAAUGAAAAGGAAGUUUUACCUAAUGUGCUAGAGUUUUUGCAACACCCUAGUAACUCUAAGGGGUUGAUGAGAGUUGAUCUUAUUAAUCCAUUGAUUCAUGAGGUAUUUGAAGUUGAAGAGCUUGAUUGUGCUCUAGAACCUCCUUAUGGGGAUGAUUUGCUUGAGAUUGUUAAUUCACCACCUCAUGAGGGGAGACCACACACGCCUAUUGCUGAGGAAGGGCCCCUGAAGCUUGAAUUAAAGCCUUUGCCCCUCUCUUUGAAGUAUGCCUUCUUAGGCAAGCAUGAUUCUUAUCUAAUAAUUAUUAGCGCCUCUUUGAGGCACGAGGAAGAUGAAGCAUUGCAAGAAGUGCUCAGGAGUCUUAAAAUAGCUAUUGGGUGGACCAUUAGUGAUUUGAAGGGGAUUAGUCCAGCUAAGUGUAUGCAUAAGAUCUUGGUUGAGGAUGAUGCUAUAUCGGUUGUGAAACCAUAA